ACAUUUUUCAGAAUUGUAUAUGGACCUACUUAUAAUUGUAUGAAAGUAAUUGUUACGAAACAAGUCUAAUUUAUCUAACUCAGUGUUGAAUUAUGUCGUCACAGUGCUUCAUAAAUCUAAGUAAUCAACCGGAACCCCCUUUCAUCUCACCUGUUGGUAUAGUCCAUUGAAUAAUUUCAAUUGAUUUUAUGUUCUAUUGUACACAUCGCCUAGCGUCAGAGGUACAAAACCAUAUAUAAGGCCUGUCAAAACUUAAGCUGUCACUAGAAGCAGAGAAAACACCGGUACAUACGAUACUAAAGCUGAAAUUUGAAAUAACUUAGAGAUAAUUUGAUUACUGAUAUGGCUGUGUUACCAAAAUGUUAUUUGGUUGCCAGUUUCAUCGCAACUCUUAUUACCCUUGUUCACUCAAAAGCAAUAAACGAUCUCUUAACGAAGGAGAGUAUAGAAAGAUAUUUUAGUGUUUCAUCCAUCGAUGAAGUACCCGAGUAUGAAAUAAUCAAUCCAGUAUCGGCAUUGAGUGGUCGACGCAGACGAUCGAUAGGAGAAAGCGAAUACCCUGACAAACACGAGUUCAAGUUAAUUGCCUUCGGGGAGGACUACCACAUUACACUAUGGAAGAAUAAGGAUAUAAUUCCACCAGGUAGUGUUGCUGAACAUGUGCACAAAAACGGUACAGUGGUAAAACGCCCAAUACUAGCCAACGAUUGCUACUACUUCGGCGAGUUAGCAUCCCAUAACACAUCGCGAGCUGCUAUUAGUACUUGCAGGGGUUUGUCUGGAAUAUUCAGCCAUGGGAACACUGAUGUGUACAUCCAACCUCUUCAAGAAGACCAUGCAAAAAGCGUUCGGAGCAGGCGUAGUGAUCUUGAGCACCCACAUGUAAUUUUCAGACGAUCUGCAGGUGAUACGCCAAAUAUGGAAAGUGAUGAAACCAGAGAAAUGAAGAAACACUUUUGCGGCAAUGAUGCACGGUAUUACCACGAUGAAAACAAUGUCAAUAUGAUGGCUGAGCCAGUAAAAUCAACGGUCGAAGGAGAUGGGGAAGGGGAUGGAGAAACUCGAACAAAGAGACAAACGUCCACUGCCAUCCGCCAUUUAGAACUACUUGUUGUUGUCGAUAAUCAGAUGAAACUGUACCACGGAGAUGAAGUAGAGGACUAUGCAUUGACGCUCAUGAAUAUCGCUGCGAGUCGAUACGCCGACCCGUCACUUGGAAUAUACGUCAAACUCUACAUUACAAAAUUUAUCAUAUUGCAAAGUGAUACAGUCACGAUGCAAACUCCAAUUGGACGACCAGUUUCACUAUCCGUAGCAGCAGACGGUUUAACUACUUUGCUAAAUUUCUGUAACUUCCAGAAUAAUCUCAAUCCGACCCAAGAUAGUCACCCUAAUCAUUGGGAUAAUGCAGUGCUCCUGAGCAGGUACAACCUGAAUCUCUUCGGUAACGACAACCUCAGUGGAAUAGCUAAUUUGGCGGGUACCUGCUCUUCUACAAAACAAUGUGCAAUGAUUGAAGAAUCAGGAUUGGCUUCUGGGCUAACAAUAACUCAUGAAAUCGGACACACUCUUGGCAUUGACCACGAUGGUAAUGCAGGAUGUUCGGAAAAUGUGAACAUCAUGUCGUCGGGUAGGGCUGCUGGCUCGGGCUCAUUUGCUUGGUCAACAUGUAGCAGAACACAAAUAAACACUUUCUUCAGUAAUACUAGUUCUGACUGCACAAAAGAUGAACCCAGUAUUUUGUCUCCUGGCGUGUUUCAGGCAGUUACCGAUGAUUUACCAGGCAGAAAAUAUGAUGAAGAUGCCCAGUGCGCGUUAAUAUAUGGAAAUUCUUACACCGCAUGUCAUAACUCCCCAAUUCCAGAUGAAUGCGCAAAAUUGUUUUGUCUGGAAGGUGAUAGUUCUGUCUGUGUCGAUUCUGGAUUUGCCAGAAUGGAUGGGACCUCAUGCGGUGCUUAUAAGGUUUGCAAGCACGGAGUAUGCGUACUUUCGGUAGACGAUGCAUAUGAACCUGUCGAUGGAGGCUGGAGCAAUUUUGACAUCAGUUUUGGCAGUUGUAGUCGAACGUGUGGGGGCGGUGUUCAAUAUAAAUAUCGUUACUGCAUCAACCCAGCACCUGCUUACGGCGGUGCCGAUUGUGUUGGAGCCGAUAAGCAAUAUAUAACCUGUAAUUCGCAACCCUGCACAAGCACUCAAGAGGAUUUCCGUAAUGAUCAGUGCGCUUCAACUAACAGUGACUUAUUUUAUAACCAAUCUCUUCAAUGGACAGCCUACACAACUGGAUUGCAAGGUGACAAAUUAUGUGAUUUUACCUGCGUUUCAAAUAUAAACACAGUGACGACACGCGGUAAACAUUUCAUUGACGGUACGCGGUGUGAUAUUGCUCAGAUUGCUGGCAACAGGUUUUGUGUCCAAGGAAAGUGUAUUGAAUUUGGGUGUGACGGUUUGCCAAACUCGGGUAUCGAAUUCGAUCGAUGUCGUGUUUGUGGUGGUAAUGGCACAUCGUGUGAACGGCAUUCUGGGACAGUGAGUAAGGCUUCACUGUUCAUUGCAACCCACACGAAGAUUCUGACAAUCCCUGCUUUGGUCACACACGUGAAGAUCCAUAAUAACAACAGGCAAAGUCAUAUGGCUGUUAAAGUAAAUGGACAAUACGUGAUUGGUGGAACUGCAUACCGCCCUACCGAUAUGGAAUACAAGUAUGGCACACAGUCCUUUUUCUAUGAUUCAAAUCCAGGGUCGAUUUUUGUUCCUGGACCGACAUCAGACAUCAUUGAUAUUGAGGUGUAUAUGUAUGGACAAUCCACUGCGUCCGUGUUUUGGGAGUACUACCUGUCGAAUGGUGCGCCACCGGUACGCCCAGAACCAACCUACCGAUGGUUUACCAAGGAUGAGUUGUCAGAUUGUUCAACAACGUGCGGAGAGGGUACUAGGUCAAACGUUCAAGCAUGCUUGAGAAGCGAUAAUGUAGUUGUUGGUGAGUCUCACUGUAAUGGUCAACCACGCCCUCACUCGAUCUUUAUUAAGUGCAAACUGCAAGACUGUGCACAAGAUCAUGUUAUGUACCGUCGUAGGCUACUUGGAAAAUGCAGUGCUACUUGUGGAGGUGGAACCCGCUCCAGAACGAUAUAUUGUGUAUAUCACAAUGGUUAUAGCUACAAAAUUGCUCCCGAAACGUUUUGUGACCAGAAUGACAAACAUGCCGAGAAGGAACCAUGUAAUAAAGAACCCUGCGCAGCUGAAAAUAAAGGCGUGUGGGUAGUUAGCGAGUGGUCCUCCUGCUCGGUGUCAUGCGGAGUGGGUAUCCGCUCACGUUCUGUGAAUUGCAAAUCUAUCGAUAGUAAUGAUGGUGCGCCUAAUAUAUAUUUGGUUGAAUCAGAGUGUCCGCCAGAGAAACCCAACAUAGAAGAAGCUUGCACCAACGCUCCCUGUCCUACACCCCCGCAUUCAAAUUCAAACAGAGAAUGUAAUGAGCUUUUGACCGCUCCGACUGCAAGUAUAGUGGUUGGGAACACCAAUGGAGUGUAUUGCAAUAAAACGAUAGUAGCACCUAUAGAUCAAAGGAUAGUACUGAAGUUUAUCAGAGUCAAUGUUGACUGUCAGAACGACGGUGAUUUCAUUGUAAAAGACGGACCGAAUAUUUACACAGUGUGCACGUCCCUAAAUGAUGUUGCAUGGCCUAUCUCUAAAACCAGCGUCAUGGAGAUUGCAGCGAUGACGACAUACGACAACCAAGGUUAUGAGAUAUCGUUCACUUUUGAAAGUGUUGCGCACAAAAAUGAUGGUUGUGAUGGUGUUCAGACUUCAUCGGUGGGUAGUAUAUCAAGUCCAAAUUACCCGACUUUUUUCUCGGAGGAUACUGACUGCUUUACUUAUAUCAUAGCGCCCCCUGGACAACGCAUCAGUAUAUCAUUGACGGCAUUCGAUGUUGAAAAUCAUCCUCCAUGUGGUUACGAUAGCGUUAAGUUCAAAGAUAUCGAAUCACAGUUUACAAUCUACUACUGCAGUUUCCGUCGACCAUUUACGUGGGUCUCCUCGACAAAUAAGGUGCAAGUACAAUUUCACAGUGACCCGGCUCUAGAAAAAUCAGGAUUUUAUGCUACCUACUCAUUUAUAUAGUUUAUUAAAUCGGCAGUAGAAUAUUCAGAAUAUAUAUUUUUAUUAUAUAGAGGGGCACCCCUUUUUUUAAAGUUAAAAAAAGGGAAGAAAGAAAGAAAUAAAGAGAAAUUAUGGAUUCGCCCCUGAUAUAUUUUUAAGUCCCCACCCCCAAAUAUUGAAGUAAUUAUAUUACUUCUUGGUUUUAUUAAGAUGUUUAAUCAUAGUAUUAUUAUUAUUAUUAUUAUUAUUAUUAUUAUUAUUAUUAUUAUUAUUAUUAUUAUUAGUAUACAAACAAAUAAAGUACCCGGUACACUUUUAAACACUUCACAUUCCUGUAAGAAGAGGUCGCUAAUUACUUACAUCGUGAAUUAUAGACUAUUAUUAAAUCUCUAGCCCAUUGGCCCUGUAUGCUCACACAACACACAGGUCCAAUACACUAAAAGUGCAAUAGUAUAAUAUAAAUAAUAAAAAAAUACAGCUAUACAAACAAUUUAGAGCUAUUUUCUUUACUAAAUUUGACAACAUUUAUGCCCACUUUGAACGCUCAUAAUUUAAUUUUCUUACUUUGUAAAUAUUGUAUCAUUUAUUUGCAUUAGGGCUAGUCCUACAUUGCAUGUAUUCUUAUUAUUAUCAUUAUUAUUACUGUUAUUAUUAUUAUUAUUAUAAAUUAAAUUAUAUUUUUGUAGCUAGUUAGAAUUAACAAGCGAAUGAAUUGUAAAUAAUAAGUUAAAAUAAAUUAAAUUCAUGUUGAUGUAGUUGGUAA